CUGAUGCAGAACCUAUUGUUUGCCAAUUAAUUGCGAUUUUUUUCUUCAUGACCUUCUGAUUCUGGUCCCAUCAUAAUAAGUGCGAUAAUGACUCAAUGAUUUUUCAAGCAAUGAGAGCUGCUGAGGAUGCAGAUGCCACCAUACUUCUUUUGGGAACGGAUUUGUCCAUUGAAGCCGAGAUUCUAGAUAGAACAAGCCUUUACUUACCUGGUUAUCAAACUCAACUGAUCAAUCAGGUCGCCGCAAGCUCAAAAGGCCCAGUGAUUCUUGUGAUCAUGUCGGCAGGUGGUGUUGAUAUUCAAUUUGCUAAAGACAACGAGAAAAUUAGAUCAAUAUUGUGGGCUGGAUGGCCUGGUGAAGAAGGUGGUCUUGCAAUUGCUGAUGUUAUCUUUGGGGGCUACAAUCCAGGGGGGAAGUUACCAAUCACAUGGUAUAAGAAUGAAUAUGUCGACCAAUUGCCCAUGACAUCCAUGCCAUUGAGGCCAGUGGAUGGUUAUCCAGGACGAACUUACAAAUUCUAUGAUGGUCCUACAGUUUACCCAUUUGGCUAUGGAAUAAGCUACACAAAUUUCACAUAUGAAUUAACAUCUUCACCGCAUUCGCUUCUCUUCAAUCUGGAGCCGCGCCAACACUGCUACCCCCAGAACCAUACCAACAAGGAUCAGGGAUCGCAAUGUCCAGCAGUCAUCAUCGAACAUUCGGAAUGCACUUACUUCAUCGAUGUGGAAGUCACAGUACACAAUGUCGGAACGAGGGAUGGAAAUGAAGUUGUCAUGGUGUAUUCAGCUCCUCCAGCCGGGAUUGAUGGGGCUCCUAUCAAGCAAUUGAUCGGUUUUCAGAGAGUUAAUGUUGCUGCUGGUCAAAAUGCAAAGGUGAAAUUCUCGUUCAAUGUUUGUGAUAGUUUCAACAUCAUUAAUGCUGCUGCCUAUAAUCUUUUACCGUCCGGUGCUCACAAAAUCUUGGUGGCUGAUAAAUCAGCAACACUUGAAGUUAGUUUUGAUUAUUAGUCUGUUUGUUCAUCUUUUUAUGAAACUUAGGAUCUAUUUUUUGUAAAUAACAUUCCCUAAUCAGGCUUGGAUGUAAAUAAAAGCUUUAUGCAAGUGAAUAAAUUUUUUUGUUUCGA